CCAUUUGAUCGUGGCCUACAUUUGUGCAUUGCACAGCUUGGCCCAACACAGGCCAACGUGUACUGGGGCCUUAAGAUUUGACAUAAUCUGUCAAAGAUUCCAGAAGUGGCGCCAUCUGAGAUUAGUUUUCACUUGCAAGCCCAUAGGAUAUUUUUUUGCUGUAGUUCGUCGCGUCGGUGCCUGAACUUCAAAAACUUCAUUCAAUGACGUCAAAUGUCAUGUGCUCUAACAAACAGCAGAAAUAUUCGUGAUUAUCGUUACGUAUUUUGUGCUUUUAUUCAUAAACAGGCGUUUUUGAAUUCUGUAGAACGGUUUAAAAUAUGGCACGAUGACAACGUGCAACAGACAGUCUUAUAAAUACUGUUUUGUGCCGCAAUGUAAAAAUACUACGAUUAAAGCCCCAGAGAAGCAUUUUUUUAAUGUCCCGCGAAAUAACGAAAGAUAUAUGUGGUGUGAAGCUGUUGGUCGCGCUAAAGGUUCCAUAUCUCCAAAAUCAACAGUUAGUUGUUGUGAAGAUCAUUUUAAUCUGGAAGAAGAUACAGUGAACUAUAUUAAACACAAGAUUAUGACGGAAGCUGGCGAAAAAGUUUUCAUGCGUCUGAAAAGGGGUGUUUUACCACACAUAUUCCCCAGGAAUAAUAAAUCUACACCAAAGAAAUGCGAUGAGAGUGAAACGGCAACUUCACCAACUGAUGGAUCUGUUGAAGUGAAGGUAGAAGAGAAAGAGACCAGUUCUACAGAAAGCAGUCAAUCACUAGGAUUCAGAUCCAUGAGAUUGAAGAACAGAAAAGCAUACUUGGCAAAGCGCAGAUGCUCAGUACCACAGUGUAAUGCAAGACCUACAAGUGAGAUCUCCCUACAUCCAUGCCCAAAUAACGCAGCAGUCAGGAAUGAGUGGGCUGAAGCUCUCAGGGUCAGCUACCAAUAUGUCAAGAACAUGGUGGCUUGCAGUUUACACUUCACAAAACUAGACUUUAUGUCCUCAAAAAAUGGGGAGCGAGUACUCAAAUACAAUGCGGUACCGUCGAGGAAUCUGCCGCAUAGAAAAAAAGUUGUGCCCAAACACAAACCCGUGAAAAAAGAGGUUUCUUUGAAAACAUAUGAGGGGCCGAAGAAAAUGACUGAAUCUGUGGAAGAAACAAAAGAGGUUGUAUCAGGACAAGUGGUACGUGAAUGUCGCGCCUGUCUGCAAAAGUUGGACGAUAAAAAAAGCUGUUGUAAUGUUUUCCAACCCUGGGCUCCUCCCUGGGAGGGCAUGGAAGCCACCAUAGCCGAGGAUCUAGCUAAAUUAGCCAAUGUUGAGAUAACGGAAACAGACAGACACUCAAAGAUUCUAUGUGCACCAUGCUAUCAGAAGCUACUGGAUGCUGCAACGUUUGCAUCUGACGUGCGAAAGUGUGACCUACUGCUAAGAAUGAGGUUCACAGACGAUAUAGACAGGGAACGAGUCUGGCCAAAACCUAUACAAGUUGACAAAAACAUUAAUGGUUCCGUAUUUAAUACGACAAUGGAUAUAGAAAUUAAGCAGGAAUUGGUUUCUGAUGAAGAGUAUCCUCCCAAUGGACCUGAUAACGUAUAUGUAGAUAAUGAAUUAGCAAAUUUGGAUAUUAAAAUUGAACCCGAAGAGUUUGUGGAGCCUCCACCAAUGAAUAUUACUAUUAAUGGUACAAUAUCAUUAGAUCCAUUGAAUUCUGAGAAUAAAGACUUGAAAAUUGCCACAGAACUAUUCCAGGAUGCACAAUUUUUGGAGGCAGAAGUGAAACAGGAGCCCACAAGUGAGGGGGAACAAGAGUGUGAUCAAGCUCCCGACCUGUCACUUGAGUGUAUGCUGUGCACCAAGUCUUUCAAUAGUGUUACUGGACUCAAGGCUCACGUGAUAGCCCAACAUUCCUAUAAGACUGUGAAGAGAAAGUCGGACGGCAGCGUGUCGCCCGAGAAGAAACGCCAGGACAAACACCAGUGCAGGAUUUGUAGGCGGAAUUUCCUAACGUCAACGGACCUAAUGGUGCACGAGACGUGCCACAACAAACACGCGUGCUACAGCUGUCACAGCCAGUUCGAUACCUUUGAGCUGCUCACCAAGCAUCGCAAGCGGUGUAAGGCCAGCGCUGCUAACGCUGUGCAGAAGCUGAAGACCCUGGAUGAUGUUAAGAGACCACUGCCAGAAGAGAAAACCGAAUAUUUAGAAAUAGAAAUAACGAAACUGGAAUCUGAAGCAGUUACUAAGUCAGAGACGGAAGAUGUAGAAAUGAAGGAAUUGAACAGUGACCAUAAAGAAGAAACUCCUGAACCAGAGAGCCCAAAAACUGUUCAAGAAACUAGUGAUGUGAAUGAAGAACAAAGUGAUUUAAAAACUAUCAGUGAUAAUAAUAAUACCGAACUUAUUAGUGAUGUGAAAACUGUUGGAGACAUUGAUGAAGAAUCUGAUGCCAAUAUGAAACUACAUUUAGAAAUCGUAUCAACGAAAGGCGCGGCUGAGUCCAGUUUGUGUGAUACUGACAUGCAAGUGGAGACUUUGCAGAAUGAUGACUGUCUUUAGAACUAUAUGAGUAGAGCCUUGAAAAAAGAGGUAGUUUUAAUCAUCUUAUACUCAUAAUUUGCCAUUAGAGAAGAAUGGAAGUCCUUUGCAUAGAAAUGUCUAGAAAAGUGCUGGAUUUGAAAGUCUUCCUUCUUGUAUAUUAAAUGGAAUCGCAAUAAUUGUCCCACCUACACUGUAAACAUCAUAAGAUUUUAUCAAUUGAACAAUUAAUAUUGAAACUUAAACAGUACAAGAAGUUUGUAGAAAUUGGCAUAAUUAUGGCAUAUAUUUGUCUGUAACUAUUAGGGUGCGUCCACA